GACACUUCCCUUUGGAGCACCAAGCAGACAAAAGACAAAGGACAUAAUUCCUCUUGUAAGUGCAACACCCAUGGCAAUAAAAUGGAGCAGGAAUCAAUUCUAGAGGAGCUUCUUUUAAAGAAGUCGCAACAGAAGAAAAAAAUUUCACCAAUUAAUUACAAAGAACGACUGUUUGUUCUCACAAAAACAAACCUCUCUUACUAUGAAUAUGACAAAGAGAAAAAAGGAAGCAAAAAAGGAUCAAUUGACAUUAAGAAAAUUCGAUGUGUUGAGGCAGUGAAUCAUGAGGAACAGGCACCUUUGGAGAGACAAUAUCCAUUUCAGAUUGUAUACAAGGAUGGCCUUCUCUAUGUCUUUGCAGCAAAUAAAGAGAGCCGAAAUCAGUGGUUGAAAGCUUUACAUAAAGAGAUUAAAGACAAUCCGGAUUUACUAAACAAGUAUCACAAAGAAUUCUUUACCAAUGGGAAGUUUCUCUGCUGCAACCAGACAUGUAAAGCAGCCCCUGGAUGUACCAUCUGGGAGAAAUUUACAGAUAUGAGUCUACCUAGCACCACCAGCUCUCUGAAACCGCUGCCUCCUGUCCCUGGGAAACUGCUGAAGCACGACAGUCUACCUCCAGUUCCAGCACCUUGUAAAUCCUCGCUGAAGAUCACUGUGGCAGCGUAUGACUAUGAACCCAAAGGAAACACUGAUAUCCAGCUUGUCCGGAACAGCAAGUAUUAUGUUCUGAAAGAAGAGGAUCCUGACUGGUGGCAAAUAAGGGACAUGGAAGGGAAUGAAGGCUUCGCACCAAGUCCCUAUCUGAAAGAGAUCUCCCUGGAUGAUGAUGAACCUGGGGGAAACUCCAGCGGAAGUGACCAUUCAUCAGAAGAAGAGGAGAGCAUGACUAAGCAUGAUUGGUACGCUGGUGAUAUCUCCAGGGCCCAGUCAGAGCAACUGCUGCGACAGAAGGGGAAAGAAGGUGCUUUUAUGGUUCGAAAUUCAAGCCGAGUGGGCAAGUACACCGUGUCUGUAUUCAGCAAGGCUCUUGAAGAUAAAAAAGGAACUGUCAAACAUUACCACGUGCACACAAACUAUGAAAACAAAUAUUAUCUGGCUGAAAAUUACUGUUUUGAUUCAGUUCCCCAGCUUAUUCACUAUCAUCAGCAUAACUCAGCAGGUAUGAUUACAAGGCUUCGGCAUGCUGUGACUACGAAAGCAAAUAAGGUCCCAUCGACAGCAUCCUUAGGAAAUGGGAUCUGGGAGCUGAAACGAGAGGAAAUUGUCCUGCUCAAGGAAUUAGGAAGUGGCCAGUUUGGAGUGGUACAGCUGGGAAAAUGGAAGGGAAAGUAUGAUGUUGCCAUUAAGAUGAUUAAAGAAGGAUCAAUGUCAGAAGAUGAAUUCAUAGAGGAAGCUCACACCAUGAUGAAACUUACUCAUCCCAAACUUGUUAAGCUCUAUGGAGUUUGCACAAAGACAUAUCCCAUCUAUAUAGUGGCAGAAUAUAUGGCUAAUGGCUGCUUGCUUAACUACUUGAGGAGUCACGGAAAGGAACUGCAACCCUUUCAGCUGCUGGAAAUAUGUUAUGACAUUUGUGAAGCGAUGACUUUCUUAGAGAGCCAGCAGUUCAUUCAUCGAGACUUGGCUGCUAGGAACUGCUUGGUUGAUAGUGAUCUUACUGUGAAGGUGUCUGACUUUGGGAUGGCUAGGUAUGUUCUGGAUGACCUGUAUGUAAGUUCAUUAGGAACUAAGUUUCCAGUGAAGUGGUCGGCACCAGAAGUUUUUCAUUAUACCAAGUUUAGCAGUAAGUCGGAUGUAUGGGCCUUUGGGAUCUUAAUGUGGGAGGUGUUCACUUUGGGAAAGCAACCCUAUGAACUGUAUGAUAAUGUACAAGUGAUUGAGAAGGUUUCUGAGGGAUAUCGGCUUUACCGACCACAACUGGCCUCAGAGACCAUCUACCAGUUAAUGUACAGCUGCUGGCAUGAGCUGCCAGAAAAGCGCCCCACAUUUCAUCAACUCCUAUCAAAUAUUGAGCCACUCAGAGAAGAUGACAAGUCUUGA